UUUUGGCCUGCGUAACACAGGACAGAAUAGAUCAUCUCAAGGGGGUUUUUUUUUCCGGCCUUAAAAUCUACCCAGCUGUACUGCACUGAUUCCAAAGCCGUGGGCCACAGAAGGAGCACUUUCUCGCUGUUUCGACUGGAAUACUAUGCAUUACUUUAACCCCUGUUCUCCGCGUAAAGAGCGGCUGCAAUUUCGCUGAAGGAGCCUCGGGUGCUCUGCGCCGAGACCUCCCCGCUCGGCCGCCCUGAGCGGGAUGGCUCGCUCUCUGUAUGAGUGGCUGUGGCAGCACGAGUUCUGGCUGCCCCCAGGAAUCACCUGGGAGGACAUGCAAGAGUCUGAAGACACUCAUUACCCUCAGCCUCGUGAUCUCCUGCUCAGCAUCCCUUUUGCUUUAAUCUUGGUAGUCGUUCGGUGUGCCUUUGAAAGAGCCAUAGCCCUGCCCCUCAGUACCAAAUUGGGUGUGAGAGACAAGCAGAGACCAAAAGCUCAGCCCAACCCUGUGCUGGAAACAUUCUAUAGCACACGGUGCAAGAACCCUAAAGAGGGCGAGCUGCUCAGUUUAGCCAAGCAAUGUGACCUGCCAGUGAGGAAGGUGGAGAAGUGGUUCCGGCACCGGAGGAACAUGGACCGGCCCAGCCUGUCCAAGAAGUUCAGCGAGGCCUGCUGGAGAUUUACAUUUUACAUCAUUUCUUUCUUCACUGGACUCGCUGUGCUGUAUGAUAAGCCUUGGCUUUGGGACCAUAGAGAGUGCUGGACAGGAUAUCCACAACAGCCUCUCCAGCCCUCCCUGUUCUGGUACUACAUGCUGGAGCUCUCCUUCUACUGGUCACUGGUGUUCACUUUGCCCUUUGACGUGAAGAGGAAGGAUUUCAAGGAGCAGAUAGUCCAUCAUGCUGCCACCAUCUUCCUGAUCAGUUUUUCAUACUGUGCCAACUACAUCCGCAUUGGGACACUGGUGAUGGUGAUUCAUGAUGCUUCUGAUUGCUUCCUAGAGCCAACUAAGAUAUUCAAUUACAUGAAGUGGAAAAGAACUUGUGACAGCCUCUUUAUGAUCUUCUCAGCUGUUUUCCUGAUCAGCCGCCUGGUCAUUUACCCCUACACAGUGCUUUAUAACACCUACUAUUACUCCAUGGAGAUAUUCCAACCCUUCUUUGGAUACUACUUUGUGAAUGUUCUCCUGAUGAUUCUGCAGCUGCUCCAUGUCUUCUGGUCCUGCCUGAUUAUUCACAUGGUCUACAAGUUCAUCCUCCAGGGCACGAUGGACAAGGACAUGAGAAGUGACACAGAAGAAAGUGACAAGGAUGAAGAAAGAGAUAAAAUUAGAGAAAAGGAGAAAAAUGGGAUCACGUGUUUCAGCAACGUCACAAGCAAUGGUUACAUCCAGAGGAAUGGAUCUGAGCCCCUGGACAACAGAGCCCACCGUGCCAAUGGCCAUGCCAAGGAAAGAUAGCUGCUGUCCUGUGCUGCUGGCCUGGCCUCCAGCAACCCCAGGCCACCAUCUGUAGAAACAGUUUUGCUCACUGUGUAGAUAAACUGGAGUGCAAUUGCAGUAUUGUAGCUGAAUUCCUGCUUCCCAUAAACCAAAGUGUUUAUAGCCAGUGGAUAUUUGAAGGAAGUUUUUUGUCUUCCUUCAGUAAAAGCUUACUAUAGAUUGUAGCCUCAAAACAGAUAGCAAGGGAUCAAAGUGGUUUGACUUGUAUUAAGACUGUACCAUAAUUGUUGUCAAAUGUGUUAAUCUUGAAAAAUACUUUAAAAAUAAGAAGGUGGAUAAACUCUGGCAGUGUAAAGUUUUACCCACCUAAUGUUUGAUAGGAAUCUGUUUGGCCUGGAUCAGCUUCUGGAGGCCCUGACCUAUUGCCAGUAAUUAUUAUGGCUGACGAGUGACAAAUGUUAUCACUGGGAUACCUCUUCUAAGAAAACAGGUGCCCCGUAUGCACUCACAAAAUUAAAACUGAGUAUA